AUGCCAUUACCCGUUGCAGUUGGCGGCAGGGCGGUGUCAGCGGAGACUCUGCCGCGAGCCAAUUGCCGAGAAGAAGACUCGGACGAUGGAAUCCCUCUCAUGCCAGUUGAGCUGUAUCAAACGAUUGGAUGGGGUGUCUGCCCACAAAAUGAAUGGCUAGUCAGGGUCACUACUGGAUACUACGAUUUGAUGGAUUUCAACAAGGGAGGGAGAGACUGCACCAUGUGUGAACUCAGAAUACAAGUCUCACUGUUGGCCAAACCACUCUCAAAACAGUAUAGAGAAACGGUGCAUCAUUUGAAGCUCGUAGACGGUGCAAGCGAUGAUUACCCACAAUUCCAACCGCAAAUUGCUGUCUCACAGGAUCGCAGGAACUUAGCUGUUUUGCUCUUUCAUCCACAUCAACAGUCCUCUGCAGUCGUUAUUUUUCAACUAAGAAAGCCACGUUCGGAUUUGACACCCAAAACCAGCACGACAAAUUCAACAACUCCGAUGCCAAUGCCCGCCUACUGCAACAAGAUUUCUUACAAGAGGCAAGCACCUGCUGUAGCCACCAAUCCAAAUAUUGUUUCGGUAUGGGGCAUUUCAGCAAUAUGCAGCAUUCCAAAUGUUUUGCCUUCUGUCUUUCUCGCUGCAUGCAAUGAUGGAAGCCUCAUCUGGCUAGAUGCAAGGUCGUCCACCACAAUCGCAACUGGAACCCUAGCGAUCUCGUCCAAACAAUUGCCGAUAUCAUCUCUCAGUGUCUCGGCUAAAAGAUUAGAAAGAGGCUGCCUCCUUGCAGUAUCAUCGGCAACUGGGCACUGCAUUCUGGCUCAGUGGAAGCUUGAAUCUGGAACCGCUGUGCAACUUACCAAACUAGAGCGAAACAGUACCGGAGACUUGAUGGUUCGAUCACAACUGUCUGCAAAGCAAGUUGAACACCACCAGGACUGUCAAGAUGAUCAGAAGCAAAAUCACGAUUUAGCGGAAUCAUAUAAUCCUGAGGAUACCAGCACCCAAGGUGCCUCUGCCACGAAGCGAAACGCCACCACCCAUCACACUUCUUCGGACAACAGCGAGAAGAGCAAAGAGGAAAAUCAUCGAGCAUUAUCCAGUCGGUCAUCGACAAACAAAGAGCAACAUGAUGGUAUUCAAAAUGCAUUGAAGGGAUUGAAAAGCAAUCGUUUCUGGAGUGGUAUUGCACCGAAAAAUCUCAGCACACUUGCCAGCAACAGUACCAAUAGCAAAGCGAACAACACAAAAAACUGCCAUAGCACCACAAAUGCACAACUUAUCAACUGGAAAUCUGCAUUUUAUCAAAAGGACAAUUCCCCAGAACAGAAUACCAAAGAAGGGGUCCCGCCAGAACAUGAAAAGGAGACAACUGAACGGGAAGCGAGACGGCAGAAGAACCACAUGAACCAGUUCGUCUUGCAGGAGCUUCGUAAGAGGACAACGGCAGCAAGCUGGGUGAAACAUUCAACCGGUAGAAGAGCAGGGCCUCGAACGAGUUUGCAACGACGACGGCGUAGGUCAGAUGUUGCAGGCCAGCAAGAGGACCCUCUAAGGAGCAUAAUGAAUGUGGGUUUGCUGUCAGUUCUCGAACAACAAGUUGUUGCAGCUCGAUUUGGAACGAUUCCUACAGUCAUUUGCGUAGUCUAUCAGGCUGCACGAAAGCACCCACAAGUGGCGCAGAUGUUCAGCAUUUCUGAAAUUGGAACCUUGCAGCCGAUUGUAUCUCUCCUUCUUACUUCGGAGCAGGUAGAAGAAGCCACGAGCCUUCAGUCGACCAACGCAAUUGUCUCUGAUGAGGAUUGGGACGUCAAGAAUUCGAUUAAUACAAAAUUUGGACUAGACCUUCAUGUUGAAUCUGAUACUUUUGCAAUAAGUACAGCUGUGGGGGAUCAAUGGAUUGGCUGUGUUUGGAAUUGGAGAACAAACGCAAUAGGCUUGGUUGUUCAGAAUGAAGCGAACUUAUCUCUGUGGUCUCGAUUGUAUUUUGGAAAGGAGAAACAGACAGGGCUCAAACUAUGCUACUUGGAAACGUGCAUUCAAGAUCUUCGAAUUCAAACUCACAAACAUCUUAUCACUGCUGGAGUGCUUUCACCGCCCAACUCUCGAGCGAUUCAAUUAGAGUCAUGUCCGCUUUUCUUAGCAGCAGACUUUGUUGCAUUUCCAUAUUUGUCUCAUGAAAUUAACAAUGGAACGCAACAGCUUGCAUGGAAAUCUUCGACCCUGCCACUGUCAUACAUUAAUGCUUAUGGAGCUCCAAAAUUUGCGGCUGUUGGGAGGCAAAAUAGUGCAACAAUCGCGAUUGCCUCGUCGUCUGGGGUGUGCUUGCUGGACAACAAAUAUCGCUGGAAACAGUUUGGCACGCCAAUUGAAGAAAGCUCUUUCUCGAUUGUCUCGAUGGAAUGGUGGGAAGGAAAUGGCACGAAAAAGUCGGAAGAGAACGAAGACCUCCUCGUUACAAUAAUUGAAUUGAGAAGUGGAAAGCAGUACCUCUCAUGUUGGUCACCAAAGAGACUUGGCACAAGCCAUCAGCUCCUUGUAUCGGCAUCUCCAGAUACAGGUACCGAGACCAAAUGGGGCAUCCCGUUGGCAGAGGAUGUAAAGGUGUCAUCAUUGAUGCUACUUGCAGAGCCUUCUUCAAAAAGCGAUGGAGCGCAACAAGCAAGGAAGGCAGUGGUGUUUGUGGCUUCGACAGAUCCCGAAGCAUCUGAAUUAGUUUAUUCCAGUUUUCAGCUGCAGCUAACCACACUUGUCAAAGGCAGGUCUGAGAAAAGAACCAAUUCAGUACUGACCAGUAAAACAAUUUCUGGCAUCCUCAAGGAUGGCACAAGAUCUAUUGGACCGAUAUCUUCUAUUUUCCUUGCUGGUGCAUCGUUUCGCUUUGAUCUCCAAGAUCGAUGUACAUCAACAUUGGCAAGCUCUCUUGUAGCCACCGUUGGUGUAGUCCGCUCGCCUGGAGGCCUGGAGGUAAUAUCAUAUGAUGCUAGGAAUACAGCAUGCCAGUCUACACUCGUCCAUGCCAAUGAACUAUCAAAGAUUUCACUAGUAGAUGUUGUCCAUGGGGUUAAUCGUCUUGUCGAUACUUUCGUGUGGGCGAUUGAGCUUCUAAAUGGUGAAAUAUUCUGCUGGUCGGUUCCAUCUCUUCUAGGUGCUGCAAUCGACGAAACACUUGAUUUUUAUUCAGUACCCAUUGGAGAUGAUACUUUAAAUCCAAGUGUACUGCACCCACCUGUGCGUGUUUGCAAACGCGAUCGCCGAAACAAAUUGAUGCGAUAUGCAAUGGGCAAUCUUUCUCAUGCUGGAUCAUCUUCAGAUUGGAUGCAGCGAUCUGCAGUUGGUUGCCAGUCCGAUAUUUUUGUCGGACCAAUUCCCCAUUCAUCUUACGGUUGCGGGCUCAGUGCAGGGCAACGUUGUAGGAAAUAUCGCAGGGCUUGUUUAUAUGGUACUUCUGAUGACAGUUAUGCAGUCGAUAUAAGUGUUUCAGAAUCGUACGGUCCCAGUAACUUCAUGAUAACCCCUCCUGCAUUUGUACCAUCCCUCUUUUCAAUGCAUGUUGAGACAGCAUAUCGACGUAUUCGGAUGGCUCAACCUGGUGACUCCAACAUGUGUCAAGAGUUGAAAGAAGAUAGAGCAAGAAUAUUGAGCAUUGAGCGACACAUACAUAACCGGAUGACAACCAUUCAAAACAAGGACGCUGUGACCAUGACACUAAGACUUUUUGUUCUGCGUACUGUUGAGAUGGUCGCAGACUUGCACAAGAGACACGGAAAAGCACCAACAGAUGCAUCCCAAGCUUUUCUUUUGGUAGCAACUACUGUUCUUUCUGAAGUUAUUGAGUCUGUUCGAAGAUUUGCUACUGAUCUGCAGUUUGCUUCCCUCUUCCUUGAGGUUGGGAGGCAAAUGGAACCCAGCUGUCUCCCCCAUUUAUUUCCACCCCCACCAUCAGAAAGAUCAGCUUCUGCGAGCCAGUCAAGUCUUCAAGCUGCUAUGUCUGUCGCAGAUUUGUUUGGCAUCUGUUUGCAAAACGGCUCUCUAAUGGCAUCUGCGUCUGCACUACCACUGCUUGGGAGCAGGGUGCAAUCUCGAGUCAGUUGUCUACUCCUGAUGACACGUGCAAUAACUUCCUUUAUUGCCAACACUUCAUCAAAUGACACCAGAUUCGAUAGUACUGAAGAAGAACGAAGCGUCAUGGGUGACAUAUUCCGGUUUGGGAUCAAAUUGGAGGAUGCUGCAAGGCUUGAACCGGAUAUUGAAGAGGACAAGGGAGACGAAGAAGCUGGCGACCAAAGAGCUUUCCACCCCAUUCCAAAUGAAAAGCCAGAUGAUGAUUCCAAAUCGAUACUAUCAGAAAACACUUCCAACUCAUCGGCAUCAGAUUUUUCUGAUGAUUCGUCUUCCAUGACAGAUACGCGGCAGCUGCUUUGCUCUACAGAAAGGCAGAAUCGUGUGAUGAAUGUCUUUUCAAUGUUUGACCACAAAAGCCGCGAGGAACACGAGAUUAGAAAAUCGGCCUUGAGUUUCAUUGGAGUGACCAUGGAAUCAGAAGCCGACUUUAUCAGCAUUGACCAGGGCGGUAUCAGAAAUGGAGAAGAAUCACAUAAGGACAUGGACACUAAUAUCAUGUGUGAAUUGGUUGGGAAUUCAUUGGUUGAACUCAUUCUAUCCCCUCAAACGGACUGUCCUUGGAAAGCGAUGGCUUCUCUUGCACGGAUAUUGGCCCAAGAUGAUGAUGACGAUGGUGUUGCUAUUUUCAGCAAGGUAGCGGACAGUCUUGGGAGCACAGAAAUCGAUGCUAUGAUACCAGACCUGCAUCCUGAUCUCCGUGCAGGCGAUGUGAUGGAUAGGUUAACAGAGUUUCUUGUCACUGAAACAGGUCAUUGUGGAACAGAGAUUACUGUCGAAGAUGCCAAUCUAAUUGUGAACCUUGUAUUACGACUGCUUCAAUUUCUGGAAGGGGGACACCUCCCUAUAGAGGAACGCUCGAUUCUUCCUGGUUUGGUCGUGGUAGGGCUAGUGGCCUCAUCUGUGGCCGGCCGUGAACAACAGCUUUUAUCCACUCUGCGUGAAGAUUGUUUUGUCAGUGAAUGCUACAAAGUAAUAGCUUAUGAUUGCUGA